UCCUCCCAACACACCGUACAAAGGAUUUUUUUAUUUCUUCUCUCCCUUUCUCGGCUUCUCCCUCUCAUUCCCUCUCAAACGCUCUCUCUCUCUCUCAGACGCUCCAACUCCAAGCCUCCAUCUCUCCCUCUCUGAGCACUCUCCAUCUCGGGUUUGGGUCCGGCGGGGUUCUUCAACUUCAUCGAAAUCAAGCUUUGCAGAGGUUGGCACAAGGGAAUACCAGCAACCUGCAAAAGGAUCUCUCUUCCUCUAGAACUGUCCAGAAACCUCCCAAGGUGCCCGUAAGUAAGCCUACAGUUAGUGUAAAGACUGGCAAGAUGUCGAGGUACGAUGAUCUCAAUGGGGUUUCUAUCCUGAGAUGCCGCCCCUUAGAAUGGACCGAUAAAGAACUGGAGAAGAUCCGGAUAUAUAAUGUCAAUCAAGUAGACACUGAUGAGAUUGUUCUUCUUGGAAACAGCCUAAUCAAAGAUAUUGAGGAAAGUAAGAUUAAAUCCUCAACCGUCAACAUAAUCCUCAGUCUGGCCGUCUCUCUGAUUGAUCCAUUUUCAGAAGGGUCCAAAUUCUUAUUGAUUCCACCGUCUGAGCAUCAGGGGGUUAAGAUAUCAUAUAAGCAACCUAUCACCACAAAAGGAGACGCUGAGGAAGCAGAAUUGGCGAACUUAGCAAAGCAGGCUAAGAACAAUAAAAAGGAAUCAACCACCGCAAAACUGCAAAAACAGGUUGAUAAGAUUAACUUUAAGGAGUCCAAUGAUGAUUUUGAGGAGUCAGAAGAAGAAGAGGAGGAGGUUCAACAAGGAAGUGCCUCUGUGUACACUUUCUUGGCUGCUUAUCUAUUGCGUCUGCAGUCAAAGCUCCCUGACGGUUUCGUCUCCUCAUUAGAUCAAUGUAAGAACAGGUAUGCAGGUUGGUACAAACACGGAAGGGAGAUCAUGAACAGAGUAACUGUUUCUGCGGAGGUUGCUGAGAAGAUCAAAAACGCGCUUGGAAGAAGACCUGAGAUCAUCCAUACUUGGGUGAUGUGGAUAGCUGUCAAUGAGAAUCGCCCAUCGGAGAGCAAGCUGAGUGUUCAACAGAGAGGAUUGGUUGAAUAUCUUGCUGGUCAAAUUUUCUCAUAUACAGGAAUGCAUGCUUACACUCUCACCAUGGCCAUUCAGGAAACUACAAAAUGUGAGUUGGAGCUUCUUCUGAGAGAGUUGAAUUGUCCCCUAACAAGAUCAGCUGUAGUAGGUAUACGCAAUAUCGUGAAGAAUCAUGAGCUCAAGGAAGGACAUUCGACCCAAACGACAUACUUUAGAUAUGCCAGAGUUUGGGAUCCUGGUUAUUUUUACGAAGUUGAGACUAAAUCUUGUAUAGCACUAGUUUAUCUGGUUGCAAAAACAUUUAAAGAGAUUGGGACUACCUCAGAAGUUGCUGAUCCAACAAAGAUCUAUGCCCUAACACGGCUUGGAGAGUGGAUGAAGGCCCACUUGGAUGUUGUCUCCAGCCGACUGGUUAAGAUGAUCUCCAGUAAGUUACUACACCAUUCGUGAAGUCUGGAGAUCAUCUAGCUGAUAUGUUUACAAAACCCUUGUGUCGGAAGAAGUUGGAGCUUAUUUGUCCCAAGCUGGACUUAUAUGAUAUAUAUGCUUUAACUUGAGGGGGAGUGUUAGAAAAGUGUAUUAGGGUUAAUAUGUUAUAUGGGUAUUUUGGUCUUUGCAGAGCAACAUGUUGCAAAUGUGGAUGAAGGCAUGCAAUCAGUUCUCCCUGA